AUGGACGUCGACGCCGAUGGCGAGCAGCCAAGAAUAGCUCCCACGUAUACUCCCUGUCCGUUCAAUGGCGAGUCGCCGGGCCCUAGGUGCGGUCAUACGCUUACAGCCGUUGCUGCGGUGGGAGAGCCAGGAAGCGCCAACUACGUGGGUCCGAGACUGAUUCUCUUCGGUGGAGCCACGGCUCUGGAAGGCGGAGCUGGCGCCACUGCAGGCGGCGCUGCAGGCAUUCGUCUGGCGGGGGCAACUGCGGACGUUCACUGCUUCGACGUGAAAUCCAGAACAUGGAGCAAAAUGUCGCCAGUCGGCGAGCCUCCGUCGCCUCGAGCAGCUCACGCGGCGACGGCAGUGGGGACCAUGAUCGUCAUUCAGGGUGGCAUUGGGCCCGCGGGCCUGGCAACGGACGACCUGCAUGUCCUCGACCUCACACAAGCGCGCCCCAAAUGGCACAGAGUGGUGGUGCAGGGCGCGGGACCAGGGCCGCGCUACGGCCACGUGAUGGCGCUGGUGGGGCAGCGCUUCCUGCUCUCCAUCAGCGGCAACGACGGCAAGCGGCCGUUGGCGGACGUGUGGACGCUGGACACGGCGGCGAAGCCGUACGAGUGGAAGAAGCUGGAGCCCGAUGGCGAGGGGCCGCCGCCCUGCAUGUACGCCACCGCCAGCUCGCGCCAUGACGGGCUGCUGCUGCUCUGCGGCGGGCGCGACGGGAGCAGCGUGCCCCUGCCAGGCGCGUAUGGUUUGGCGCGGCACCGAGACGGGCGGUGGGAGUGGGCCAUCGCGCCUGGCGUGUCUCCCUCGGCGCGCUACCAGCACGCUGCUGUGUUUGUGAACCUGCGCCUGCAUGUGUCAGGUGGAGCCCUGGGGGGCGGCCGCAUGGUGGAGGAUGCGUCCAGUGUGGCGGUGUUGGACACGGCAGCGGGGGUGUGGUGUGACCGCAAGGGCACGGUGGCGGUGGCAAGGACGGGGCGAUUCAGUGCGGACGCGCCUGGGGGCGACGCCAGCACCGAGCUCACCCGCCGCUGCCGCCACGCCGCUGCUGCCGUUGCCAACUCAAUCUUUAUCUAUGGGGGUCUCCGAGGGGGCAUUCUUCUGGACGAUCUGCUGAUUGCCGAUGACUCACCACCGGAGCCGCCUCCUCUGCCUGCCCCGUCCGCCAAGGCGGAGGGCGUGGGCAACCGCAGGCCGCCCGUGGCCCCCCGCAAGGGGGCGCGCGGGGACGCUGCCGCUGCCUCCGCCGCUGGCAGGGAGGCUGACGGCGGGGCACAUGCUCGCGACCACCUGACCAGGUGCGUGGCGGGGCUGGCUGGGACUAGAGUGCCGAGGAGGGCGCGGAUGGCCUGUCCUUCAACGGCAGGGGGGCCGUGCCAGGGAGGGGCGCUUAUUGAGUCAACUCAAAUGUCUUCCCCAUGUUCUACCCCGCAUUUUCCCGCCAACCCUCCCCUCCCCCGCCUCUUCUUUUUUCUCCCGACCCCCCACCCCCUCCUCUUUUCGUCCGAUCCACCCAGUGGUGAGGAGGGCGCGGAUGGGGUAUCCUUCAACGGCAGGGGGGGCGUGCCAGGAAGGGGCGGGGCGGGGGGUAGCGACGAGGAGGAGGAGGAGGAAGACGAGGAGGGGGAUGCGGACGACAGCAGCAGCGACGGGCUGCACCCCAGCACGUCCAGCCUCACCAGCCACAGCGACGACGGCAGGAGUGACACUCCCGACUUCAAGGGCGGCGUGCGCCUGCAUCACCGCGCUGUGGUGGUAUCAGCAGACCCAGGCGGCAACAACCUGGGGGGCUUGGUGCGCCAGCUGUCCAUAGAGCACUUUGAGAAUGAGGGCCGCCGCAUCAGCUACAGCCCCGAUGGCGUGCAGGCGCACCGACGCCUGCUGGACCGGCAGAUGUCCAUCCAGGGCGUGCAUAAGAAGGUAUUGCAAACGCUGUUGAAGCCGAGGGGGUGGAAGCCUCCGGUGAGUCGGCAGUUCUUUCUGGACGUGCAUGGCGUCGUGGAGCUCUGUGACCUCGCUGAGACACACUUCAAGAAUGAACCCUCCGUGCUGCAGGUGCGGGCGCCAGUGAAGAUCUUUGGCGACCUGCACGGGCAGUUUGGCGACCUCAUGCGCCUCUUUGACGAGUACGGCUCGCCCUCCACUGCCGGCGACAUCGCGUACAUCGACUACCUAUUCCUGGGAGAUUACGUGGACAGGGGCCAGCACAGCCUCGAAACAAUUAUCCUGCUGCUCGCACUCAAGAUUGAGUUCCCGCGCAACGUGCAUCUGAUUCGAGGCAAUCACGAGGCGGCAGACAUCAAUGCUCUCUUUGGCUUCCGAAUGGAGUGCAUCGAACGCAUGGGCGAGGAGGGGGGCAUAUGGGCGUGGCAUCGCAUCAACCAGCUGUUCAACUGGCUGCCCCUAGCAGCACUCAUAGAGCACAAGAUCCUGUGCAUGCACGGGGGUAUAGGGCGCUCCAUUCAGCACGUGUCGCAGAUCGAGGAGCUCAAACGCCCCAUCACCAUGGAGGCUGGGUCGAUGGUUCUCAUGGACCUGCUGUGGUCGGAUCCCACGGAGAACGACAGCAUAGAGGGCCUGCAACCCAACGCCAGAGGACCAGGCCUCGUCACCUUUGGGCCUGACCGAGUGAUGGAGUUCUGUCACACCAACGACCUGCAGCUCAUCAUUCGCGCACACGAGUGUGUCAUGGACGGCUUUGAGCGCUUCGCAGGGGGGCACCUCAUCACGCUCUUCUCCGCCACCAACUACUGCGGCACGGCCAACAACGCUGGCGCCAUCCUGGUGCUGGGGAGGGACCUCGUCGUCUUCCCCAAGAUGAUCCACCCGCUACCGCCCACCGGCAACCCCGCCAACUCGUCUGAUGACCAGGAUGACACGUGGAUGCAGGUGAGUGGCUUGUGCUUCUAA